UCGUCAUCCAGCACAUCAAGGACGACAUCUUCACCUUCCCGACGCCGAGCGCCGACUCGCCACCGCCUGUGCCGCCCAAGGACCCGGCCCCACCGCGCUCGUCCUCGUCGAAGCCCCGCCGCUCCCAACCUCCUUCCCGCUCUUCGACCCUCGAUGCGCCCCGAGCUCCACCCUCGACCUCCUUCUCGACCUCGACAACCGCAUCUUACGUCCGGGAUGAGCCUCAAUCCGCCCCGCCUCUCUCGAUGAGCCCGCCCGUCCCGGCCGCCCCGACCCGCCGACCGUCGUCCGCCACCUUCUUCAGCACGUCGGCGCCGCAGCUCGGCUUCGGCUUCAACUCGCGCUCGUCGCCUGCGUCGCGCGUCUUCAGCGGCGACUUUGCCGGGUUCUCGCUCACGGCGGCGUCGGUCGGCGCGGGCGCCGGCGGCCGGCGCGUCAGCACGCCAGGCCACUUCUUCAGCGGCGGCAACGGCGGCGGGCUCGGCAGCGGCGGCGUCGGCAACCCGUGGCGCAACUCGAGCCCGAUGAGGCUGUCGCCGCACGCGGCGCCGGUCGGGCUCGCCGUCGAGACGGGCCGACGGUCGCACUCGCCCGGCGCGCCGGUCAGUCCGCACAGCCUGCCUAAGGCGCCGAGCUCCACUGCGUCGCCGGCGAGGACGGUCAAGGAAGACGAGGCGCACGUCGUCCAGAAGCUCGGCACGUACGCCAUCGCCGAGGAGACCUCGAGUGGCCAGGAGAGCCCGCUCGCAGUCGAGGGCGAGGUGCACGAGCCUGCGGGAGACGCAGAAGACGAGGUAGACGAGGUGGACGAGGAGGAGGAGGACCAGAUGGUGGACGAGACGGUGCACGAGCGCAUCGAGCGCGAGCUGAACGAGCUCGAGGCCGAGGCUCGUACCGGCGUGCGCUUCCUCAUCGCGCUGCAGGGCAUGCGACUUGUAUUCUGAAUCUCGACUCUGCGUCUUUCUGUCGAUCUGUCGCAAGUGCAACUCGACGUUUUGCUCCCCACG